AUGCGGUCAGCUGCAUCAGCAGCUGCCUCAGCUGUGUCGUCUGUGGCACAUUCUGCAGAAGUGCCAGUGAAGGGGUCUGAACUGGUAGCAUCCAUGCCUGUCUCUGCUGAUAUGCGAAAGGGUGGGAUGGACACACUGGUGCCAUCGGUGUCAUAUCUUCCAGAGGUGGAGCGUUUGAUAUUGGAGUUGCUCUCGCUACCUGCAGUGCCGAUGAAGCCUGGGAGCGAUUGUGCAAUGUGCAAAGAGUUUCUACCUACUGAUGUGCUCCUCAUACUGCCAGUGUGCUCGCACAUGUUCCAUCAGUCAUGCAUCAUCAGCUGGCUACGCCGCACCACACUCUCAUGCUGCCCGUCCUGCCAUGCCUCUAUCACCAUCCCUGGCUCUAACAAGACUAAAGUUGCUCCGACCUUCUGCUCAGUUGAAUACGACAUUGAGUCUCAGAUGCUAAUGCUGACUUCACCUGGCGAGGCAGUAGCAGAGGCUGUUGGAGGAUCUCAUGGGUGGCUGCGCCCUUCCCUGGACAGAUUAUCUGGCAGCUGGAGAGGAUGCUCCAGCAAUCGUGCCACUGCAGUGGUUGUGCCAGUGUCCUCAUGGCGCACCACUGGAAGUUUGAGCCAGGGCUCGAGUGGCCGACUCGACAAUGACUCAGAUUGCGCUAAGGUACAGAAGCCGCUGCAAGUUCCAGAUGGUAAGGAGGUGCCAGAGGCUGUCAGGGGCUCUAUCGGGUGGCUGAGAUCUUUGGCCACGCUCUCUGGCAGCUGGAGUGGGUGCUCCAGCAGCUGUUCUUCUGAGAUGGGGUUGCCGGUGACUUCGAGGCAUGUCACAGAGACCCUGGCAUCAAGUGGACACAGCGAAACGGACACAUGGUCCAGGAGGUGGGAUCUUGAGGCUGCUACGCCGAGACCCGAGAGGCCAUCAUUGUAUGGCUAUGCCAGAUGGUUCUUCAGAAGCUCAGGCAAGUAA